CAGAUUGUAUGUACCCAUCCCCUUAUGCCUUACAUUUGAAGUGGGUGUGCGCGGGAUCUACUGUCAGACCAUAAACAUAGGAAAAGAGGUGGGUUGUAAGGGUCACGGGUUUGCCUUGAAACCCCUUUUUUUACAUUCUCUCUCACUCACUGCAGAUCCCAGUUUUCACAUAAUUAAAUAGUAACAAAAACAAAUCCAAAAAACCCCCCAUUAAAAUCUCCCCAUCACCAUCCUCUUCCUCUUGCCUUUUCAAUGGCUUUAAUGCUUGAUAAUUGUGAAGGCAUAUUACUAUCACUUGACUCACACAAACCAGUACCAGCUCCAUUUUUAACCAAAACUUACCAACUUGUCGACGAUCCCACCACCGAUCACAUUGUUUCAUGGGGUGAAGAUGAUACUACUUUUGUUGUAUGGCGGCCACCCGAGUUUGCUCGUGAUCUUCUUCCUAAUUACUUCAAGCACAAUAAUUUCUCUAGCUUUGUGAGACAACUCAACACUUAUGGUUUUAGGAAGAUUGUACCGGAUAGAUGGGAAUUUGCCAAUGAGUACUUCAAGAAAGGUGAAAAACACUUGCUUUGUGAGAUCCAUAGAAGGAAAACAGCUCAGCCACAAGUGACGGCAGCGUUAAACCACUACAACCACCACCACCGUCAUUUACACACACAGUCACCUAUGGUUAAUAAUACUCAUUAUGGUUACUUUCCAUUUCCAAGCCGAGUUAGCAUUUCACCACCUGACUCAGAUGAACAAACAACCAACUGGUGUGACUCACCACCGCUUUCUUCAACCACCGGCGGUGGAGGAAGCUAUAACAACAGCUCGGUUACAGCUUUAUCAGAAGACAAUGAAAGGUUAAGAAGAAGCAACAAUUUACUCAUCUCUGAAUUAGCACAUAUGAAAAAGCUUUACAAUGAUAUCAUCUACUUUGUUCAAAACCAUGUUAAACCAGUCACUCCAAGUAAUUCAUAUUCUCCUUCUUUGCUCCUUUGUUCCCCAAACCAGCACCACUUUGGGUAUUAUCCAAAUAGUCCAACACCCCAAGUUCAAGUCUUAAAUGAAGAACCAAACAACAAGAAGACAAAGCUUUUCGGUGUCCCUUUACAAUCCAAGAAAAGGUUACACCCUGAAUAUGGUGGUUCAACGGCAGCUAACAUGGAGACUCAUAAACCUCGUUUGGUCUUAGAAAAAGAUGAUAUAGGGUUGAAUCUUAUGCCUUCUUCUACAUGUUAGCUUCUUUUUAGUUUCAUAUACAUAUAUACAGCUGCAUUAAUACAGGAGAGAGGGGGAGAGAGAGAGAAAAAAGCUGAGGAAGUCUCUGGCUAUAUAGCCUGCAUUCAUAGACAACUUCUCAAGGGAUAUCUCUGGUUCGUUUCCAUUAAUGACUGAUAAGUACAUCCAUGCUUUAAUACUAAAGAAAAGAUUUCUUAGUUCAUGUGCUACCUUAUUUAUGUAUAAGUUAGAGCUUGUUGGUGGUAAAAAUAUCAUGGAGAUUCUUAUAUUAGAAGUUAGGUUAUAAUUUGUUUUUACUUAAAAAUAAUAAAUUAAUCCUUAUAAAUUAGAUUAAAUAACAA